AUGACUGACCCCGGGUAUGGAAGGCCCCAACAUCUGGAUUUUCGACCCCCUCCCCCGAGUUUCCCCACACCACGUCGUGGUCUGAGCCACCAGAUGCUGCGUGAAGGCCCACGCGUGCGCUUGGUCAAUGCGCUGAGGUCGCUGGGAGCGGCGGGGGAUGCUGCGGCCAUAACGAUCGACUUCCAAAUGCUCAAUUCAGAUUCCUCGUUUACUUGCCCACCAUCUAAAAGCUUAGACAGGGGUUAUAUUCGGUAUAAGACAUACUGGCAAGGUCUUGCAAUGCUCCAUAGCAUUGUUGGGAGUAGAGCUGAACGGAGGGCCGCUUCCAUUGAGGCUUAG